AUGAUUGAGUCUGACUACGCUCCAGUCGCAUUGCCUACAGAACCCUAUCACGAACGUAUACUCAGAGCUGUCAAACAUCAAAUCGAUCAUGGGAAAAAUAAAAUUGCAUUUAUCAAUGGAGAGAAGUCAGGCGAGCCGGUCACUUUCAAACAGGUGUACGAUAGUGCACACGCAAUCGCAGCAUUUCUUUACUCCCAAGGAUUUGAGAAGAAUGUUGCUUGUGCUGUGAUUCCGAAUCUGUGGCACUACUCAGCGUUCUUCCUCGGAGUUGCCAUGAGAGGAGGUGCUGUCUCUGGAGCCUCCGCAUUGUUCACCGACUUUGAGCUACAGCGGCAGUUCAUCGAUUCUGGUGCCAAAGUUGUGCUGACUUCUGAGCAUUAUCUCGACAAGGUGCUCAAGGCAGUCAAGGGAAGUCCCAAUGUCAAGGAGAAGUGA